GGCAGAGGCAAAGGAGCAUAAAAGCAAUGGGCGUUAAAAGCGGUUUGUCAUUUUUGUUCUUUGAGACCAAAAGACAUUUCAUUUUCAACUCCAUGGCUCCCUCCAUGAGAAUUGUCUUCGGUCUUCUCACUUUCGUCACCGUCGGAAUGAUUAUAGGUGCUCUCUCUCAGUUGGCUUUCAUUCGAAAAUUGGAAGACUCAUACGGCUCUGAUUCUUUGCCAUUUAGAAGAUUGCGUGGACUCGAAGGUGACGGUUACCUUCAAUUGCCAAGAGGUAUUCCUUUUUGGAAUAAUGACAAGGAAGCAGAAAUCUUACGCCUUGGAUAUGUCAAACCUGAAGUGAUUAGCUGGUCUCCUCGAAUUAUUGUACUUCAUAACUUCUUGAGUUUAGAGGAAUGUGAUUAUCUCAGGGCUUUAGCUCUCCCUCGCUUGCAAAUUUCAACUGUGGUUGAUACGAAAACCGGAAAGGGAAUCAAGAGUAACGUCAGGACCAGCUCUGGUAUGUUUUUGAAUCCUCAAGAAAGAAAAUAUGCUAUGGUACAAGCAAUUGAAAAAAGAAUCUCUGUCUAUUCUCAAAUACCAAUUGAGAACGGUGAGCUUAUGCAAGUCUUGAGGUACGAGAAGAAUCAAUAUUACAAACCUCAUCAUGACUAUUUUUCUGACACUUUCAACUUGAAGCGUGGUGGGCAGCGAAUAGCCACAAUGCUUAUGUAUUUGAGUGACAAUGUUGAAGGAGGAGAAACAUAUUUCCCAUUGGCUGGUUCAGGUGAAUGUAACUGUGGUGGGAAACUUGUCCAAGGGCUAUCUGUCAAGCCAACUAAAGGAAAUGCUGUGCUUUUCUGGAGUAUGGGAUUGGAUGGUCAAUCAGAUCCCAAAAGUGUGCAUGGAGGAUGUGAGGUAAUCUCUGGGGAGAAGUGGUCAGCUACGAAGUGGAUGAGGCAGACCACUCACUCUUGAUUUCUUAUCCACCGUCUCCUGCAAACAAAAAUUCACUAAUUUGGAUCUUGUCCUUAUAAAAAAUAAUGAUUAAGAUUAGUUAUUGAUAUUAGAAAUAUUCAUUAGUGUUAACUUAAAUUAAUAAACUGCGGCGUAAUCUCAUAUUA